AUGGCUGAGAUUCAUGCCAGAACUGAACCUCUUAUUGAUCAAGAUGCUGCUGGCGGUUCUUGGAAACUCAAUAUCAAGGAGUUUCAUCUACCAACCCAGAAUGUUGCUGAUCAUCAGAACAAAAGCUCUUUCGGUUUCAAUAGCCUCCUUCGUAAGCCUAGGAAGCAACGCAAGGUGGCGGAGUAUUACAAGAACCAAGAGAGACUCCUUGAAGGGUUUAACGAAAUGGAGGCUAUGCAUGAAACCGGUUUUUACCCCGGAGGUCUCACCGAGGAUGAAAUGAAGCAGCUUGCAAAGAGUGAGAGGAUGGCGGUUCAUGUGUCAAAUGUGUGUAACUUGGUGCUGUUUGCGGCGAAGGUUUUUGCGUCGAUCGAGAGUAGAUCAUUGGCAGUCAUUGCAUCAACACUAGAUUCUCUUUUGGAUCUCCUGUCAGGUUUCAUACUGUGGUUUACUUCCAAUGCUAUGAGAAAGCCAAACCGGUUUCACUAUCCGAUUGGAAAGAAACGCAUGCAACCAGUGGGUAUCAUUGUUUUUGCAUCAGUAAUGGCAACUUUGGGCUUGCAGAUUUUGAUCGAGUCUGGUCGACAAAUUUUUAUAAAGGCAAAGCCUGAAGUUGACCCAACUAAGGUAAAUUGGAUGAUUGGAAUUAUGGUUGCCGUGACUGUGGUGAAGUUCGUUCUUAUGAUCUAUUGUCGAAGAUUCAAAAACGAAAUUGUCAGAGCUUACGCGCAAGAUCAUAUGUUCGAUGUCAUUACUAACUCUGUCGGAUUAGCUGCUGCUGUUCUAGCUGUCAAGUACGCAUGGUGGAUCGAUCCAACCGGAGCUAUUAUCAUUGCGUUAUAUACAAUAAACACAUGGACGAAGACAGUGAUUGAGAAUGUUUGGUCACUCAUCGGAAGAACAGCGCCACCCGAUUUCUUGGCAAAGCUAACAUACCUUAUAUGGAAUCACCACGAACAAAUCAAGCACAUAGAUACUGUUAGAGCAUACACGUUUGGCGCACAUUACUUUGUGGAAGUCGACAUUGUUUUGCCGGAAGACAUGCUUCUGAACCAAGCACACAACAUCGGCGAAACACUUCAAGAGAAACUAGAACAGCUUCCAGAUGUUGAAAGAGCUUUUGUGCACAUUGAUUUUGAGUUCACUCAUAGACCUGAGCAUAAGAUAUCAGUAUGA